AAUCCUGAAGGUGGUAAACGAACACUGCCUUGUCCCAACCCCAGCGACAGAUAAUGGUGAAGAGCCCAGGCUGGGGAGUCCGGACACCUAAUUCCGAGUGCUGGGUCCAGCUCAGCCACUUGUGACCGACAUGAUUUGUGGGCCAGUUUUUUUGUUUUUGGAGUUUUUUAAAGAUUUUAUUUUCUUCCAGCUUUAUUGAGAGCUAAUUGACAUAACACUGUGUAAUUUUAAGGUGUGCAACUCCACGGUUCAAUUCCCAUAUAUGUUGUGAAAUAAUAACCACCGUAUAAGAUUAGUUAACAUCUCACUUCACGUACUUACAGUUUCUUGUGCUUGUGCUGAGAACUUUAAGAUCUACUCUUUUAGCAGCUUUCAAGCCUAUAAUACAGUAUUGUUAACUAUAGUCACUGUGCUCUAUGUUACAACCCAGAACUUACUGUCUUAUAAUUGGAAAUUUGUACACUUUGACCAACGGCUCCUCAUAUCCUCCAAUCCCCCAGCCCCUGUUAACCACCAUUCCACUCUGUUUCUCUGAGUUCAGCUUUUUUUAGGUUCCACAUAUAAGUGAGAUCAUACAGUAUUUAUCUUUCCUGACUUAUUUUGCUCCAUGUAAGACCCUCAAGUUCCAUUCAUGUUGUUACAAGUGGCAGGAUUUCCUUCCUUUUUUUUUUUUUAAUGGUUGAAUACUAUUCUGUUGUAUAUAAAUACACCUCAUUUUCUUUAUCCAUUCAUUGAUGGGCAUUUAGGUUGUCUUCAUGUGUUGGCUACUGGGAGCAAUUCUGAAAUGCCUAUGGGGGUGCAGGUAUCUUUGAGAGUGAUUUCAUUCACUUCGGAUAUAUAUAUGGCAAGUUUCUUAACCUUUUUCCUCAUCUCUGUAAAACUGAGGAUAGUAACUAUCUAGAAGAUUGUCCUGAGGCUUCAGUGGUGAGCCUUUAAAGCCCUUACAGCAGCUAGCUCAUAAUAAGUAAUAAAAGUAGCCAUAGUUAUUGUUUUCAUUUUAGCGAGGAGGACAUAGUAUCAGAGAGGUUCAGGCCUGCCCAGGGUCAUGCAGGGAAUUGGUAGUAGAGCCAAGUCUAAGAUCCACAUUUUCUGAUUAACAACCUAGGGAGCUGAACCCUACAUUCCCACCACAUCUGCCUCGUGGGAGAGGAUGGGGCACCUCCUCCGAGCCCUUGUGGGGAUUGGAGGGGCCCUGAGGAGCUUGUAAAAUACAUUAGCUAUGAAAGACCCCGCAGGACUCAGAUCGGCAUAGACUCAGCUGCUGCAGGUCAGGGACCUCACCCCAGGUGCUGUUGUGGCUGAGACAUAAGCCGUGAAGUCAGACACCCUUGGGUUCCAAUGGGACAGAUCCCAGCUCUACCAUUUUAUUGCUGCAGUAAAUGAGAUUAACAAAUAAGUACUUGUCUCAUAGGACAUCAAGGGAAAUAGUUCAUGGAAAGGGCCCAACCCAAUGGUUAGUGCUUAGUAAGUGGCAGCUGAUACUACUUGGCUAUGUUGGAGUGGCAGACCGGCUGACCUCGGGAGAGGAGAAAGUACUCUGGCUCUCCUUGCGGAUAGAGCAGAAGGGGGCAUGUGAAAAGGCUGCAGAAUAUUCGUUCCAUUUAGAUUUACUGGGUCUGCAAUCUGCUGGAUAGAUACCUCUUGUCCCUGCAGAUACUCCUGGAGAAAUGGCCUGUGUGCACAUGGGGUUUAUAUGGUAGUUGGGAAAGCAGAUGGGGAAUAACAGUCAGAAAAUUAUUAUUUUUGUCCUAAACAUAAUGAAUUGCAAGAGUCUGGUUUUAGACCUAACAUCCCUUUCGCCUGUAUCAGGGCUAGUCACCCUUUCACCUGCAUCAGGGCUCUCGUCCCUAACUACUCCUUCAUCUUAAUUGCUCUGACUACUUAAUAAUUAACACAGGUAAUUUUGAGAUCAUGCAUGGAAUUUGAACAGCACCUUCUCUAAUCCUCCAGCCUCUGUAUUUUCCUGAUCUCAAUACAGUAAGACAGUUACCUUUUACCUCUAGUCAGUACUUGGGCAGGAAUUUAAAACACACCACCACAACCACCUGGAGAUAUUUUUAUCUGUCUUAAGGUAAAUACAGUAAAAUUUCAUUUUUAUGAGAACAGUCUCAAUUCAGCGUUCCGUAUUCCAUUGGCACAUAGAUCUGUAUACUGCCUUAUAAUACAGGAGGUUUAGUGGUAUGGUCAUCUUAUACUUGGGAUAAAGGAACUGGGUGCAUGAUCUAAGGUUCUUAUUACUGAUCCUUAGCAUUUAAUUAGGGCUUUGAAAAUCUAAAGUACUCAUAGUCAUUUUUAUGAGUUUCUUCUCCUAACUUCCCUGUGAGAUGUCAACUUUAUUACCCUCGCUUUAUCUUGGUUUUAUCAAGAGGUCAGGCACAUUUUAAAUUUCAUUUAUUUUCCUGUUUGUAAUUAAGAUUCCUUUUCUCGAUGAUGCACUUAACUUUAACCUGUCUCCACCAGGAUGGCUGCUCAGAUCAGAUGUAACCCUUCCCCUCCACUCAGAGGAAAAGCAAUUACUGAACAAAGCUGUGUUUUGGAAGAGCCCCAAAGCACUUGCAAUUAUAGAAACUGGUCUGAGCGCCCAGCCCUGGAAGGAAUCGACUGAACUUAAUUAAUAAAACAGAAGCCACCCCUGAGUCACUGAACCUUGUCUUCAGCUGUCUUAAGAUUUCUUCAUGAAUGAUGACCUUUCCUGGCAAUCUGAUCAAUGUAGGUCCAGUGAUCUUUUGACCGACACAUAUGGACUCGCAAAAAUCUCCAAAGGAAACUGUCCUCGUUACAGGAGGAGGUGGCUAUUUUGGUUUCCGCCUAGGCUGUGCUCUUAAUGAGAAGGGAUUCCACGUGCUUCUGUUUGACCUCAGCAGCCCUGCUCAGACCAUUCCAGAAGGCAUCGAGUUUGUACGUGGAGACAUCCGCCACCUCUCUGACAUAGAGAAAGCCUUCCAGGACACCGAUGUCACUUGCGUGUUCCAUAUUGCCUCUUAUGGCAUGUCAGGGCGAGAGCAGCUGAACCCAAACCUGAUUGAGGAAGUCAACGUCGGGGGCACAGACAACAUCCUCCAAGCUUGCAGGCAGAGAGGGGUGCCAAGGUUAGUUUACACUAGCACCUUUAAUGUCGUCUUCGGAGGUCAAGUUAUCAGAAACGGAGAUGAAUCUCUGCCCUACUUACCCCUUCACCUCCACCCUGAUCACUACUCUCGGACCAAGUCUAUUGCAGAGAGGAAGGUGCUGGAGGCAAGUGGUGCAGCCCUGGAAAGAAGCGAUGGUGUCUUGCGAACCUGUGCUCUGAGGCCGGCUGGCAUCUAUGGGCCCGGAGAACAGAGGCACCUUCCCAGGAUAGUGAGCUACAUUGAGCAGGGCCUAUUCAAAUUUGUAUACGGGGAUCCCAGGAGCCUGGUUGAAUUUGUCCAUGUAGACAACUUGGUACAGGCUCACAUUCUGGCCUCAGAGGCCCUGAAAGCUGACAAGGGCCACAUUGCCUCUGGACAGCCCUACUUCAUCUCAGAUGGCAGACCCGUGAACAACUUUGAGUUCUUCCGGCCUUUGGUUGAGGGUCUGGGCUACACUUUCCCAUCCACGCGCCUGCCGUUGACCGUCAUCUACUGCUUUGCUUUCCUAACAGAGAUGGCUCACUUCAUUCUGGGCCGACUCUACAAUUUCCAGCCCUUCCUCACACGCACCGAAGUUUACAAAACUGGUGUCACACAUUACUUUAGUCUGGAGAAAGCCAAGAAGGAGCUCGGUUAUGAGGCUCAGCCGUUUGACCUCCAGGAAGUAGUAGAAUGGUUUAAAGCCCAUGGUCAUGGCAGAAGUCCUGGGAGUCAUGACUCUGAGCGUCUUGUCUGGGGCGGACUUUUGGUCUUACUCGUGGUUAUAGCAGUUCUCAUGUGUGUGCCUUCUGUGAUUCUGUCCCUGUGAAGGAGGAGCUGGCAGUGAGCUGAUCACACUUGGUGGUUCUCAAGAAACACGGGUUUGGGAAAAUAUAGUGAUACCUGGUAGCAAA